GGGCAGGAAACGCUAUGAGACUGUUCCACAACAUCAGUUGGAUUUCCAGACACGUCAAUCGUCGCUUCUGUUCUUUCUCUUCUCGGUCUUUCCUAGGUCGGACUUUUCUAGAUGUUCACCAACCCGUUAGACACGCCCUUGAGCGAGGAAAUCCUGUUGUCGCAUUGGAGUCGACUAUUAUCACUCAUGGUAUGCCUUACCCAGACAAUGUGAACACCGCUCUAGAAGUGGAGGAUAUCAUCAGAGAAGAGGGCGUUGUUCCAGCAACAAUUGGCGUUCUUGAUGGUCAUAUUCGAGUUGGUCUGCAGCCUGAUGAGAUUGACAAGCUUGGAAGACUGGGAGAGGAAGCAAAGAAAAUUGCAAGGCGAGACCUCGCGGUGGCAACGAGUCAGAAAUUGUCCGGAGGCACUACCGUUUCAGCUACUAUGAUAGCAGCCCAUCUGUCAGGUAUUGAUGUGUUUGUUACUGGAGGAAUUGGAGGUGUUCAUCGAGGAGCCGAGAUUACUAUGGAUAUAAGUUCUGAUCUAACUGAGCUAGGUAAGACACCAGUAGCUGUUGUUUGUGGUGGCGUGAAAUCUCUACUUGACAUUCGACUGACUCUUGAGUAUCUGGAGACACAAGGCGUUACUGUUGCCACUUUAGGAGAAACUACUGAGUUUCCUGCAUUUUUCACUCCACAAAGUGGAAUGAAAUCUGAUUGCCAGGUUCGGUCACCACAAGAAUGUGCCAAGCUCAUUUUUAAUAAUUUUGAGCUUGGACUUAACAGUGGAUUGGUUGUCGCUGUCCCUAUUCCACACAAUUCAGCUGCUUAUGGUGUCGAGGAAGUGAUUCAAGAUGGAUUAGAUGAAGUUAACAGAUUACAAGUCACUGGUAGUGAAGUGACUCCUUUUCUGUUGGAUUUUGUCAAUAGGAGAACGAAGGGACAAUCUCUGGUUGCAAACAUAGCUCUAGUAAAGAACAAUGCACGAGUAGGGGCACUGAUUGCUAAGGAAUUAUCAUUUCUAAAGCAUCAAUUUGCAAUAACUCAUUCUCAAAUGGUUCCCACGAAGCUGACAAAGUCAAACCUUUCUUCAAAGUCAUCCUUUACUGUUGGCAAUACAGUGAAACGGCCCGUUGUCAUAGGAGCAUCUGUUGUAGAUUUUGUAGCAACAGCAGAAAGUGAGGUCUUGCACGAAGGCACUACUUGUGGGAAAGUCACACAGUCUUAUGGCGGAGUUGGUCGGAAUGUUGCUGAAUGCUUGGCCCGUUUAGACGCCAAACCACUGCUGAUCACAGCAGUUGGAAGAGAUUUUGUAGGUGAAAGUCUUUUACAUCACUGGACAGAAGAUGUUAGGGCUGAUGCUCAAGGCAUAACUACACUGAAUGACUACAACACUGCUACGUACAGUGGCAUGUUUCAUGGUACGGGAGACUUACAUGCUGCCGUUGGUGAUAUGACCAUCAAUGAUACCAUUACAACUUCAAUGGUGUCCAAAUACGAAAAAGAUAUGAAGGCAGCCUCACUUGUUUGUAUGGACGGAAACAUACCACCUGCAACUGUUAGGUAUGUGGCUGAUUUCUGUGCAACACAUAACGUACCAGUUUGGUUUGAGCCAACCUGUAUCAUGAAAGCAAAGCGGCCUGUAGAAGCAGGAGACUCUUGGCAAAAGCUGACAUACAUAUCACCAAACUUUAGUGAGCUGCAGUCGUUCUGUUCUGCAAUUGGAAUGCGACACAUCAGUGAUUCAGAUAAGCUUCGAACUUCUGUCAUCUACAGCCAUCAACUGCUAGACUUUAUUCCCUACAUUUUAGUGACUCUCGGUAGUGACGGCGUUCUCGUCUGUAGAAAUUCGUUAUUGUCCGGAAGAUCGUAUCUCCAUUUUCCACCAGCAACCAGUGACUUGUUACCUGUUGACGUAAUCAAUGUUUCCGGUGCAGGGGACAGUUUUGCUGGUGUUAUGAUGUCGUGCUUGAUUCGUGGGUUGUCACUUCCAACUGCCAUCAAAGGCGGUCUGAAAGCAGCUUUCAUGUCAUUACAUACAACUUCAGCUGUUUCUAGGGACAUCAGGCCAGAAGAAUUUACAGAAGCUAGCAUAAACAGCUGGGCACCAUUUAGUCCAGAUGACGUUUCCACAUUCGUUGACUGAAUGUUAUAGUUGCUCAGCUGGUGUAAUAGCAUCGGUACUCUUUGAGAACUCUGAUCGAUCAAUUGCGGGGUUUUGUAGCUAUUUUGUUAUUAAUUCAUUCAGGAUAAGAUAAAUCGUGAUCUUGCCA